CCAAUACAAAAUUCAAGUGAAGCAUGCCAAAAAGCAACAACACCGAAUAUAACAUGUAUUUGGUGUGAGAAAUGGAACACGUGCAUUGACAGUAAUCAUCAGGAUCAUCAUUUCUUUAAAGUGAAUGGUUGCCAUUAUAAAAGCCCGGAUGUAAACGAUGUGAGUACAUCGACAUCCAUCAAUCACAAAGCAACAACCUUUGGGGUCCGUGAAGUUCAGGUUGAUGGAAACCUCAAGGAAACUACCAACGGAACUGACCAAUACUCGAGCCCGGAUGUUGUCGAAUCGUCAACGUCGACACCCAUCAAUCACAAAGCAACAACAUUGGGGAUUCCUGAAAAUGAGGUUGGUGGAAACCUCAAUGAAACUACCGAACAAACUGAUCAAUACUCGAGUACGACUGCUGAAAUAAGUCAAGAAAGUAGACAGACCAAAUCACUUUGGUACCUGUUUAUAAUAAUUCCCCUGAUCAUCUUUAUCGCUGCAUGUACCGGAUAUGUUACCUGGAAACAUUUGCAUGAAAGAAAGAGAAGUAGUGAAUGAUUUUCACCAAAGUCAUAUAACUAGAUUCAAAUAUUCUGACCAAGUUUUUUUUCUUAUUUGUAUUUCAAUAAACAGUUUUGAAUUUAUUUAUUUAUUUUAAUGGUCUGAAGUUUUCUUCACGGAACGAUGUACAUUUUGUGCUUGUUUAUGUUAUAGCUGAUGUAUUCUUUGUAAUAAAAUACCAAACACGGUUUUUA